UCCAGCUUGUCAACAACACUGCAACCUGAGACGGGAUAGCCAGCCAGUUGGCUAGCUAAGUAAACCAGCUAAGUUAGCUAGUCUGCUAGCCCCUGUAUUAACCAACUAUCACGAGUCGUAAUUCUUCUGCUAAAUUGGCUUAAUAUAGCGCAUUUGAAGUUGUUUCGACAAGAGAAGUCGCAAAACUGACAUCCCCAUUGGGCUCCUUCAACUCACUCCUCCUUUGUGCUAUGACAUCCCAGCUCGGUUUCAACAAAAGCCAGAGCUCCGAGGCCGACGGUUGACAUCUGGUCAGGUGCAGUUGAAGAAGAUGGCUGCUCAGGUGGAGGUUCAGACUGGGGAGGUGGGGAGGACGGUGGCGGGAGGACGACUUCACCUGAGUCCCCUGACUGACUCCAGUAAUAAGAGCCUCAUCGAGAUCCCUUCCAUCAGCCAGUCCCAUAUCAUCAGUCGAGAACCUAACAAACCUGCCCCAGGACCCAAGCCACGGCUCACUCCUAAACCUUUUGCUGUGGAUAAAAACCCCACCAUUAAGCCCAUACUGGCUCCUAAGCCCCAAACCAAGCCCAGACCAGAGUCCACUCGCCUUGCUGGAAGCAAACCAGAGCUUCCAUGCAGUCCAAAACCACAGCAACCAGUUACCACUGUUAAACCCAGGUCUGCGUCAACCAAUCCCAACCGUCCUUCCCCUACCUCCUUUAAAACGUCAAAUAAAUUGAACACAGGGCAAACAGCCAAACCAGUAAUCCAGCCAUUUAAACCAGCCCCUCCUCUUGACCCUGGAGACCCCAGCAGACCCACUCCUCCUGUGCCAGCAGAGAGGCAAAAACCUGGUGCAUCAAACUUGGGCUAUUCCAAGAGCCUUAAAAAAACCCCAUCUGCAGAGUGGUCUGGAACCACUAAAAAGGAAGAGGAGAUUGAAAAGAAGACAUCCAGCAAAAGUGGGCCCUCUAUUACCAGAGCCAAGUCCAUGGGUUUUCUUGCUCAGGUAGGGCAAGAAGAAGAAGAAAAGGAAGAAGCUAAACCUGAGGCAGCUGUGCCACUGAGACCCCACCCCAGAAGCUCUAGGCCCAGGCCUGUAUCAGCCAUUUUCCUAGACAGUCCAACCAAGACAGAGGCACCGGUUCCUGCCCCUCGCUGGGCUGGGAGACGACCGCUUUCAGCCGAUCUGACGUCCAAGUUUGAGUCUAUCGGUCUUUCACUGCACCAUAAAAGUCCUAAGGCAAACACUAAGGAAAACACUCCAGAGGAGACAACACCACCACAGAAGGGGGAGCAAGAGAAAACCCCUAAGAGUACUGCACCACAAAGUACUGAUGGUGUAGCUAAGCUUGCUGUCUCAGACCAAAGCAACAGAAAAACAGAAGAAAUGAGCAUGAAGGAGACUGAUGAGGAUAAGCGUGGGGCCAGCAUCAAGUCACGAAUCAGUCUCCUCCUCGAUUCGUCCUCCUCUCCUGGGACUAGUGCAACAGGCCAAGGGUCAGAUCUUCAUUCUCCAGUGCAGCUGGUCCCUGAAAAUGAACCACCAGUGGGUGUUAAACGGCUCAUCAAGCAGCUGACUGAGGAUACAACACCAACUCAGAGUCCCGUCAUGAAACCAUGUCUGAAGCCCCGCCCCUUGCCCCUCGACCUGACUAAAAGGUUUUCAUCCGAGAGGUCGCCCGACCUGGGCAGUGUUUCCCUCAGCGAGGCAACAGACCACCACGAGAUCAGCAAAGAUCCUCAGAGGAGGAACGAAGAGUCAGCACUCACCCCCAGGGACAACAGGACAUUUGUGGAUUUAAAAGAUUCCCAAGAGCAGCUCCAAAAGGCUUCCACGCCUGAAACACCUGAGGGGGGACAGACAUUUGGUGUCAUUUCCAAGGAAAGUGCACCCAGCAGUGAAGUACAGACAGUGCGAGCAUCCUUGUUUGAAAAUGUCGUGGAGAGGCACAGUGUGCUGAUGAUGGACGAGGGCAACCCUGUAAACAAGCCCAAGGAUUCGCUCAGCAGCCUGUCAUUUAAGAGGGGAAAUAGUGAGGAUGAGGGAACCUUGGUCACUGCCACCUACAAAGAACCUGUAUCUCCGUCAAGUCCUCUGCGGGUGUUGCAUGCCUUUGACACAGUGCAGGCAAUCGAAGAAAACAGGGCAGUGAGCGAGAACGUCCCAUCAGCUCAGUGGGAGGAUAAGGCCAUGACACUACGCUCCAGGCGCUCAGAAGGGAGCAGGCCAGCGGAGAGGACUGGUUCAGCACAAGCAGAGCCGGCUUUGGCACUGACGCCAGAACAGCAGCCACGAUAUCUGAGAGUCGGAGCUUUGCAGAAGUGGACUACUACAGGCCUCGACCAAGAUGCAGGCAUGGAGAAAGGGAUGCCAAAGGAUUCGCAAAGGGAAGGACAAGUUGCUGCAGAUAAGGACAGGCACAGAGAAGCAGAGCAGGAGGAAGUGGCUGCAGCACCUAAACGUUUGAAAAUGCUGCAAGCAGAAGAACAGCAGAAACCCAGGGCAACAUAUUUUGCUUUGACCGGACAAAUACACGAGCCAGUUUCUCCUGUAGAUGCAGGAGCAAACACAGGGGACAUGGGUCUGCCCUUCAAUGAAUUCUCUGUGAGGUCUGCCCUGGGGGGCUCUCAAGGGAAGAUUCUUCCUGUUAGGAGGAAUCCAUCAUUAGAUGAAGCUUUUGGAAAAACCUCUCAAGAUCAAGUUGAGGAGCUAAUGAUGAGGAGCCACAUGUCACACAGAGAGGUUAGAUCAGCAUUGGACGGACACACGACAGAGGAAAUGAUGGAAGUUGAGAAGAAAAAAGAAGUAAAAAAGGAGACGGAGAAACAUAAAGCUAAAAUGAAAGAGCUUGAAAGGGAAAAACAGAGACAGCUUGAAAUGGAGAAACAGGCGCAGUUAGAAUUUGCACGAAUGAAGGAGAGAGACAUGCAGAGAGAAUUCGAAAGGCAAAGACAGAAAGCUUUUGAGAAGGAGAAACAAGAGUUUGAGAAGAAACAACGUGCGCUGGAAAGGCAGAAACAGUUAGAACUUGAAAAACAGAAACAGCAAGAAUUGGAGAUAGAGAAACAAAGAGAACUGGAAAGAGAAAGGCAGCGGCAACUUGAGAAGGAAAAACGCCAAGAAUUGGAGAGACAGAGAGAGAUUGAAAGAGAGAAACUGCGAGCACAGGAAAGGGAGAGACAGCGUGAGCUGGAGAAGCAAAGACAAAGGGAGGAAGAGAGGCAGAAAGAGCUGGACAAGGAGAGACGGCUGCUGGAAAUCCAGAAGGAGAAACAGAAAAUGGAGGAGUUGGAAAGGAUUAAAGAGUUGGAGAGGCAGCAGCUCUUAGAUUUUCAAAAACAGAAGCAGAAAGAAAGGGAGAGGCAGCAGGUGAUAGAGCUUGAGAAGCAGAGACUUAGAGAGAAGAUGGAGAGAGAAGAGGCAGAGAAACUCAAACAGAUGGCACUCGAACAGGAAAUGUUAAGACUGAAAGAGCUCGAUAAAGAAAGGGAAAGACAAAGAGAGAUGGAGAAGGAGUGGCAGAGAGAGAUGGAGAGGGAAAAACAGAAAGAGGUGGAGAGGGAAAAACAAAGAGAGCUGGAGAGACAGAGACAACUAGAUAUUGAGAGACAGGAAUUAGAAAACCAGAGACUGAGGCAACAAGAACUGGAGAAGGAAAGGCAGAGGAAGGAGGAGUUGGAGAGGCUUAAAGAGAUGGAGAGAAGAAUGCUCAUGGAGUUUGAAAAGCAAAAACAGGCAGAGAGGGACAGACAACAGAUCUUGGAGCUUGAGAAACGCAGACUGAGGGAGAAGAUGGAAAGGGAGGAAGCAGAGAAAAUGAGACAGAUAGCCAAACAGCAAGAAGCAGAGAGACAGCGGCUAAAAGAGAAGCAGAAGAAAGAGGAGCAGGAGAGGGCGAGGAUGGAGUCAUCACCUCUCAGGCCUCAAGUGGUGGAUCUGGACUCUGUGAUCCGAAAUGACCCAUUUUCCAAAGCUGCUCCUCAGCGCAGUGACCGUGCAACACGAUGGAAGGAGCCAUCUCCAAGAGUCGAAGAGUCUUACAAACCUGCCAUCCUUGACAUCGAUGCUUUCACAUCCCAGACCCAGCUCUUCCCCAGUAAAGACUUGUUUCCUGUUCCUAGUAUUCAGGGAGUAGACGCUGGGUUUGGGGCCAAGUUACAGCCUAUGCCUGAGAGAGAUGUUAGCUGGAAGGUGCCACCGCAGACUUCAGUAGGUUUCUCAAGCCCAGUAUGGACAACGUGUCCUCAGGACCCUUGGGAGUUGCGGCCUGUUGAGAUGUCCGUGGACAAACCUGAACCCAGGAAACAUUCCAGCAAAGUCAGCCCAGAGCAACUCCUCCUCAGGCAGGAGGAACGGCUCCUGGCUCCACAGAGGCACUGGUCUGCCAUGCUGGAUGAGCCACUUCACUCGGCUCCCUUUCCCGGCACAGAUGCCAAAACUGGUAGCUCUCCAGGUGGACUUUCCAGCAGCGCCCCUGCUGAGCAGAUCUGGCUCCCCAGAGAGCCACAGCCUCAAAACAGCAGGGUAGAGGUCCGGAGUCACAGGAGAUCACAGGGAUCCCAGGAGUUUAACAGGAUGCGGUCUCGCAGUGUGUCACGGCGAUCGGCUCCCUCAAGCAGUGCCGUGGAGGGAAGCCUUUCCAGGAUGAGGAGUCGCAGCGCCCACAGAGAGCGGGACCACCACAGCUGGGUGCAGCAGAAGCAAAGUGUCAGUGGUGAAGAGGAGGGGAAUGACUCAGAAACUCUGGUCCGUGAGACUGACAGUCAGUAUGGGACUUGGGAGACAGGACUGCGCACGGAUGACAGCCUCACUCCUGCCACUCCCAGCUCAGAAAGCAACCUCAGCCCUUCACCGAGGAAGCCCACUCCCCCACACACACCAGGUGAUCGAGCCUCACAGAUUGAAACUGACACCCUGGACAGCGUCCUUCCCCCAUCCUCACCUGACAGCCAGCCGCUCUCUUUCCCCGAUGCUCCGACCACUCUGUUAGACACCAGUGCUCUCCGCUCCAGAGCCCAGCUGGGGAAGAAACGAGCCCCGCCGACACGGCCAACCAGAGCUGCCCGUCAGAGUGUUGUGCUGGCAGAGGGGGAGGGAGGAACCACUGAGGACUGGCUUUUCCGAGACUCCACAGAGGCAAAGGUUGAGAGUAAGGUUGAUGACUCAGACUCGGAGGAGCAGGCCAGAGGAGCUGACGCCCCCCCUGCUGUUGCCUCUCAGCCACAGAGGGUAGCCCUGUUCCCUGGGAUGGACCCUUCAGCUUUAAAGGCCCAGCUGAAGAAGAGGGGUGACUCUGACAAUCAGACUGAUGGACCUACUCCCUCUCCCUCCCAGCUUUCUCGCUCUCCUAAGUCCCCCUUCCUUCCACGGGCAGCGCGUGUGCUUCCCCCAGCGGGUGGGAAAGAAAAUGGUGAGGAGGACUCACCCCAGUGGUUGAAAGAGCUGAAGUCCAAGAAGCGCUUGAGUCAAUAUGAAAAUGAGAGCUAAGUCAUUAAUGAGGUUGCCUUAACAGAUGAACCUACGUGAAACAGAAGCCUUAAAGUUUGACCCAGAGAGCAGGAGAGGUGAAUCUACAGCUGCUGAUGUAUUUUUUUCUGUUUGUUUUUUUUGUUUGUUUGUUGGUUUUUUGUUGUUGUUGUUUGGUCUCUCCCCAUCUGGGUCGAUAAAUGUGCAUGGUGCCUUUUUUAUGGAGAGUUUCUGUCUUAUGGAAAGAAAAAACAAGCAAGGAGAAAAAAAAACCCGUCAGGCUGCUCCGCUUUAUCCAUUUCAUGCUUGAACCUGUGGGAUCUCUCCUGCACCAGGAGGGACUUCGCAUGGACACUUUAAUAAGGACCAGGAGGACAUGUGGAUGUGGGGGUGGGAGAGAGGAGAUUCUUGUGGGACCACAACGCCUCUUUAUCCUGGAUGUGCUUCAUCACACGCUGGAGGACAAUCCAGCCGAUCCUCUACAAGAUGUAUUUAGUUUAUUUCACUCAUAUGUACAUGUUGGCUGCGUCGGCCGUGUAUCUGUGGAGGUCGUUGGUGGGAGUCACGCAAGUGUGGCCACCAACAUUUCAGAUGCUAAUGAUUUUUGAACAUAGAGAACAAAUCGCCUCUGACUUGAUUGUCAGUGGGAGUGUAUAUCAUGUUAGUAAGUGUAAUCAGGAGAUGUUAUAUUUGUAUUAUCAUUGAUUUAACAAAGACAGAGAGCUAGUUUUGAAAACAACCUUUAAGAUUCAUCACACUAGAGGCUUCACUGCCUUUUACUUUGAUACACCCCACAACCUAACAGUGUCACAGUUGCUGCAUACUGUACUGUAUGUCUUUUUGUCUAAAUGUCUUUUUUUUGUCUUUGUGGACGAUUGUUGGGGGACUUUUGGCCAAGUGAUUUUCGCAUGUGUCAAUCAUGCACACUCCUUAUCAGCACAAGCACUCUCUUCAAUCUUUGAUGGAAACACUAAUCAGUCUGUCUUCACUCCUUUAAUAGAUUGAAUGAUUGUAGCUGUAUGCAUCUAUUAAAAGCCAUACAUCAAACUUGUGGCCCUCACACACCACUCGGAUCAUGUUUUGACAAUGUUUCUCCAAUGAAUGUGCAAUUUUCCCUCUAUUUUGUCCCCCAUUAAUGUGCAUGCACAAUCUUUACUGUCAAACCGGGCUUUGCUCAAACUGACUGGCUCAGAAUCAGGGCGUUGGCUCACACUACUCCAAUGGAGGGAUGGUUCGUCCUCUACAUUGUUUAAAUGGCUCUACCCUCCAUAUUACUCCAAAUUUGACUAUUUGCACCUGAUUAAUGGCUUAACUGUAACCUUCCUCCUCAUGUUUGCCAUCCACCCACUCACUCUGCGCUUCUGUAAAGCACUUUGUCACUUGAUGCACUACAGCACUGACCUCUGCCCCCUCUUGUUGGCCAUGUUUUGUCUCCUGUAUUGCUGGAGUGCUCAUGCAAUGCAAGUGAAUGUGUUGAUAGAGUCUUUGGAGUGAUUGUCCCUGGUUUCUUUGUACAUGGACGUUUUAUUUUGUCAUAAAAUUUGAGGGUUUAUUUUUUAUGUCCUUCUUUGUCCUUUUUUUAUUUGAAAGUAAAGAUGUAUAUUGCACUGUGUUGUACUGGCCAGUGUCCGAAAGUGAAUAAAUUCUUAAUAAAAUUUACUUGACUUU